CUUUGACGUAGAAAAUGAACUCGAGUGUGCUCCAGCAAACGGUCAUAGCAGACGACGCGUGGACAUGAAAUGCUAUCAUCAUCAUGCUUUUUGUGUUGAGCGCAUGAAACUAAAUACAUUCAGUUGUAUCGAUAAUUAAAUUCUAAUCUGAUAAUGAAGUGCGUUCCACACACCGCGAUUUUCUUACUUAUAGGCUCGUAACCAUAUUUUUAUUUAACCCAUGCAACGACAUCGCCAUCAUUCUUUCCUUCUUUCCUUCCUCUGUACAUGGCGGCGCGCACAGCGAACGUAAAUAUUGCAGCGUUGAACAUUGAAAAGUGGUGCUCUGUCCGCGGAGACAAUAUUGGGAUCUCCACCAUUUGACGGGACCCUUUGUUUCUUGCCGUUAGUGUCGAUUCUCCAAGCCAAUUGGAACCAAAGAACCCCGAGCAGAAGUUCUAGGAGGAAACCGAGACCCCCAUGCUUAGGGUGGCAACAGUUUGGCUUCUCUUUAACAGAAACCCGAAGAGACAGAGAUCUGCAUGUUUGGGACGUCAAGUUCCAGCCCUCUGGAUUUUCAACCCCGAGAGAUGGAGCUCUCCCUAAAGUUCGGUGGUCAACUCACAAAAGUAAAAUUGGAGCCUCUUGACGCUAGCCUACCAGAACUGGGCCAGCAACAGGAAUGCAACGACUCUUCAUCGGGAGACAACAACUAUGGGGCAACUCGAGGGAUGAUCCAAAUUAAAGAAGAACCUCGAGAGGAAUCUUCGGACGAACAUCAGAUCAUUGAAGUGAAGACAGAGCCUUACAACACUGCAAUUUUGGACCAGGUGGGACACAGCCAUGACUCAACGUCAGAAGGAGCGAAAGAAAGCAGUGGUGGGCUUCACAUUAAGGACGAGCUCAGAAGCAGUUGCGAUCACGCAUCUUCAGGUUGGACCUCUUCCAGUGCACAGUUUGAGACCAGCACAACAACAGUUGAACCGCUGUUCGAAAACGUUGCACUAGUCACUCUUGACGGUCGACCCACAGAGCAAUCUUCAGACCAGAGCGAGACCCAAGUGGCGGGCAAGUCAUCGACGUUCGGACAUGAGAAAGACAGGCUUUAUAAGUGCAGUGUUGGUUUGGCUACAUGCAUUGACACUGGGCUCUUGGAAGAUGAUCUCAAACCUCACAAAACAAAGACAUUUACCUCUGACAUGUGCUCCGCGGCAAUCAGUCAUGCAUCAACUCUGCAAGUCCAUGCAAAACAUUCCAUGGGAGUAAGCUUGCACAAAUCCAAGAUAUGUGCAUUUGCAUGCGCAUCGAGCGCAUCCAAGUGCAAUCUCACCCCUGCAGAGUCCAGCCACACUAUGUGCCUGCGGCAUCACAAGCAGACACACAUGGGCAAGAAGCGCUACAGGUGUGAUCUCUGUCCUGCAGAGUUCGGCCAUUACACGAGCCUGUGCCGUCACAAAAGAAAGCACACAAGCGUGAAACGUUACAAAUGCAAUCUGUGCCCUGCAGAGUUCAGCAACAGUGAGAAGCUGCAUGAUCACAAGAGAACACACACGAGUCAGAGGCCAUACAAGUGCAACCUCUGUCCUGCACAGUUUGGGCAUAGCACAAUCCUGAAAUGUCACAAGCAAAGACAUACAGGCGAGAAGCCCUAUAAGUGUGACCUCUGUUCUGCAGAAUUCAGCCUUAGCUCUAGCCUCUAUGACCACAGGGGGACGCACAGAGAUGUGAAGCCCAAUAAGUGCGAUCUUUGUCCCGCAGAGUUUAAGAAGAGGGACACCCUGCAGUGUCACAGGAGAUCACACACGGGAGAGAAGCCAUAUAAGUGUGACGUCUGCAUUGCAGCGUUCAGCCGUAGCUCAAGCCUGUUGCGCCACAAGUGGACGCACAUGGGCAACAAGCCCCAUAAGUGCGACCUGUGUCCUGCAGUUCGGCAACAAGACGGGCCUACAGUGCCACAGGCGAACACACACGGGAGAGAAGCCAUACAAGUGCAAUGUCUGCCCUGCGGAGUUCAACCACAUUACGAGUCUGUCAUAUCACAAGCGAAAACACACAGGCGAGAAGCCCUAUAAGUGUGACAUCUGUACAGCAGAGUUUAGCCGUAGCUCGAUCCUAUUGAGUCACAAGCGGACACACACGGGAGAGAAGCCCCAUAGGUGCGAUCUCUGUACUGCAGAGUUCAGCAGUAGC